AUGGCUGCCGCGGGAGCCGCAAGAGCCGGCCUGGCUUCACUCUUCAGGCGUCGCUCUCGGAGUAGGGGAAGAGAUGGCUAUGAGGACUCUCAGACGUCUUACCUCUCGGAAAAGUACUCAGAUGAAGGAGCCCAGCGUAAAGGCUGGGGCGAUAAACUGCUCAAACUUGGUGCCGUGGGCGGUGGUGCCUUCCUCGCUAAGAAAUUCUUCGACAGGAGGCGCGACCGAGAUAAUGAUGCCGAAUCUGGCCGGUAUCGGCGCGCCCAUAAUCGAAGUGAUAGCAUGACGGAGACUACAAUGAGUAGGAUGGAAGAUGGACGACGGCCCGAACCAAGUCACAGAACCCCUCUCAAUCGCCCACCGAGCCGACCUCCGAGUAGACCUCAAAGUCCCGGGUCGUCAUACUACUAUAAUUCAACCUACUUUACCGAUAACGACCAUGGCCGCCGACCUAAUCAGGCCCGAAAUGCCUUGUUUGGUGCUGGUGCCUUUGCAGCCCUCAAAAACAUGUUUACCCGUCGCAAGGCAAAUGAUGACGAUCGUCGUGUAGAAGAUAUGCGCCGUCGGGAGAUGGAGGAGGAAAGGCUUGCACGAGCAGACAGCAAACGACGCUAUACUGGGGAUGGGUACCCACCUCGCAGACGAACCGACUCCUUCACCGCGACUGACAUCUCAUCUACUGAGCUGACACGACCUCCCCGGGGGCCCUCGCACGGAGAAUCAGCUUUAACUGGGGAUCCGGCAAUGUCCGGGGCAAUCGAUGGACAUCAUUCUGAUUUACCCCCAGGUGCGCCCACCUCGGAAAUGCCAGGUCAAGCUCCCUCUCGACUUGAUCCUUCUGAUAUUGCUGCAGGAGCAGCCGCUGGAAGUGCCCUGGGUGCUGCCUCCAGCCAUCGCCGCCGGAGCAGCAGCAGACACCGCAGCAGCAGUAGACACAGAGAUGACCACACGAGCUCCCCUCCAGUAUCGGUGAAAGUCAAAAUGCACAACGAUGGCCGGCAUGUCACGCUCAGAAGAUUAACCGAAGAAGAGGCGGCUGCAAGUCGCGAAGCAAGACGUAGGGAACGGAGAAACUCUCGUCGUCGCACCGGAAGUGCAAGCUCCCUGUCAGGCAACGAAGGUAGCCGCGACCGGUGGCGCCGCGUUGAGGAAUUAGAGCGUCAGCAGCACGAACGAAUGCAACGAGAACAAGAAGCUGCUGCCGCCGCUGCCGCCGCUGGAAUGUCCACAGCCCCAUCUGGAAGCGUGCCUCCACCACCUAUCCCCCCGCCCCAGAACAUGAGCCAUAUGGCACCCCCUCCCCCACCACAUGUACCUUCCAGUCUGCCAUAUGGCCCAGGAAGCGUCACCUCCCCUGGUACAUUCACCGGGACAGAAGCAAGCGGAGACUACGCAAGCAAUCGGCGACGAAGACGAGCGGAGCGAGCUCGCGCCCGACAAGAAAGACAACACAGCGUAGAUUUCACUUGA